CUCACGACUACAUAAAGAGCAGUAGGCGGUGCUUUAGGGAAGGGCUACCCAAUUUUUACUUUUUAUCUUUUCACCGUGGAAGGAACAGUUUAAUAAUAGAGGAGCCUGUUGACUGGGUCAGCUCUGUGAGGAAAUGUCCAAAAUAUUCCGGGCUGUUAUAUUGGGUCCACCAGGCUCGGGCAAGGGGACCAUAUCGGAGAGGAUUGCGCACAGUUUCGGCCUGAAACAUCUGUCCAGUGGAGACUUUCUUCGAGAAAACAUCGCCGCGAACGCUGAUGCUGGUGUUUUGGCAAAAACAUAUAUAAAAAAAGGAUUGCUGUUGCCUGACCAUGUUAUGACCUGCCUUCUUCUGCCUAGAUUGGAGGAGAUAACCACAUACAGCUGGGUGUUGGAUGGGUUCCCUCGAACUCUAGCUCAGGCUGAAGCCCUGAACAGUGCCUGUGAUCUGGAUGUAGUCAUCAACCUCAACAUCCCACUGGAAACACUGAAGGAUAGGCUGCGUCAUCGCUGGAUACACCCAUCCAGUGGAAGAGUGUACAAUAUGCACUUCAAUCCUCCCCACGUUCAGGGGUUAGAUGACAUCACAGGAGAGCCACUGAUUCAACAGGAAGAUGACAGACCAGAGGCACUGGUGGCCAGGCUGAGACACUACAAAGAUGUUGCCAAACCUGUGAUAGACUUAUAUAAGGCUAAAGGCAUCCUACACACAUUCUCGGACACAGAGACCGAUCGUAUCUGGCCGAACGUCAACACACUCCUCAGCACUAAGAUUCCAACCCUCAAAUCAGAUGAACGGUGUGCUUCAACUCACUGAGGAAAUCCUCUGACAGUCUCUCCAAGAGAACAACAUGGCUUCAUCUCACAAGGGUUACUUAUUCACUACUUUGAUUUCCAAAGAAUUUUUAUGAUCUCAGAUUGUCUAUUAGUAUUAUCUGCAUAGCGCAAACUUUGGUUAUUUCAGGUCUUGCAGAUAUUUCAUAAAUGUAACUGCUCUCUUUUUUAAGCAAUUUGAAGCUGGAAACUGGGAUUACAGUCUGGGUAAAAGGCAUUUUAUGCUUUACUGUUAUCAGUGGAGUGCUUUUGGCUCCUAGAUUUAAACAAAACUCAGUGAGGCACCAGGAAAGAAGAGUGAACAAAAUCUUAAUUUCCAUACAUCCCUGUGAAAUGGGCCAAAUUUUCGGUUGAGGUGCCUUGAGACAUUCUGAACUUUUUUUUUUUUUUAGCAAGUUUGAGGAUAAUGAUCUUUACUAUUUCUGUAAAGGACUUCACUCCUAUCAUUUCUGUCUGUGGCUUUGCCUAUCUUACAUAUUUCAUGGUCUACACUAUACAAAUAUUAAACACCAUAUAAGUUUAAAUGUUCCAGUUAUUUGUGUGUUGCACAAGCACUAUAAUUCAAAUAUGUCAAAUUCUGUAUAUGCUUUGGGAAAUUGUCUUUAUGUUUUAGUAAAUUAAAUGCUAAUGUGAGGUCACUAUUACACAAGAUGAAGUUGUUGUUGUGAACUCCAGGCCUCAUUCUUUAAAACACAUUGAUCGUUGUUUUAAUUGUUUUCAAACCUCGAAAUCAUAAUCUUAAAUCAUGUUUGAUUGACAGCACUUUAGUAAACGCCUCUAGAUUACCAAAAUGUUAUGAAAUAUCCUAUUUACCAAAUGGUCUGUGAGCUCUGCCUUCUUUUUGAAAAGCCAUUAAAGAGAGAACCUUUGAUGUCACAAGAGAAAAAUUAAUUACCAAUUGUAAUUUAACCUUGUCUGUGUUCAACCAGAACAAAAGUAGCAUCUUGAACUUAUCCAGAUGAUUAAUGCACUACAAUUUUACCAUAAACCACAGAUUAAAUUAUAAACCUGGGUGCCACCUGUCCCAUAAACAAAGAUAAACUCAAGGAUUACGCACUCAGUAUGUUAGGUACAUUUAUGUGUAUAAAUAGAUAUUGUCUCCAUUUUCUUUGGCUUUAAUUAUUUCUGUCUUCUCUCCCUCCCUCUCUAACUUUAUGUUUUGAGAUCUUUCAGCCUGCAUUUGCCAAAAAAGGUUGGAAGAAAAACUAAAUAUCUCCACACCCUCUUGUUGUGCAAUACCACACAGGACAAUUCACAACCUAGUGCUUUUCUUUUACAAAAAAAUUUAAUAAAUGUAUUUUCUUAGAAA